AGGACCUGGGCUACUUGUGCAGGACCUGCAGGUCCUGCUUGGGGCUGGAUACUCUGUGAACAGUCACAGGCAGAGAUGGGGAACUGACUGCCACAGCUAGACCUGAGCCAGCUCCAAGCACAGCAGAGGAUGUGAGCACACUUGAUCUGGAGGGCAGGCCCAUCCAAGUGCCGCCUCUCCUCUCCUUUCUCGAAACCAGCAGUAAACACAGAUAGGGAGGGGCCACCAUGCCUGCCAAGCGAGGCAGCAACUUUGUCAGUAAUUGACUCAACGAAAACAAGUGUGGCAGGAGCGCGUGCAGUACUCACACGCAUUGCUGGCUGUCUCAGAGUGGCUGGGGGUUUCCAAGACACACAGGUCCUGCCAUGUUGCCGGCUGCAGGCAUCUGGAGCUGUUAGCACAGAGGGAGGAGGGACUCACGAUAAAGAACUGCCAUGUGGAGCUGUGGCCCGCUCAACGGCACUGCAUGGGGCGAGGAGCCGCUGUGUCGGGACCUGCGCCUGGGGCUGUGGGUCCUCUCACUGCUCUACUUGGGGGCAGGCGUCCCCGUGGGCUUGGGCUACAAUGCCUUGCUGGUGCUGGCCAACCUGACCAGCAAGCACAGCAUGACCAUGCCAGACGUGUACUUUGUGAACAUGGCUGUGGCAGGGUUGGUGCUCACGGCGCUGGCACCUGCAUAUCUGCUGGGCCCUUCCCACUCCAGGUGGGCCCUGUGGAGCCUCAGCAGUGAGGCCCAUGUGACGCUGCUCAUCCUGUUCAAUGUGGCCUCCUUGGUGACCAUGUACUCCACCGCUCUGCUCAGCCUCGACUACUAUAUAGAGCGGGCCCUGCCUCGCACCUACAUGGCCAGUGUGUACAACACACGGCAUGUGUGUGGCUUUGUCUGGGGCGGGGCGCUGCUCACCAGCUUUUCCUCCCUGCUCUUCUACAUAUGCAGCCAUGUGUCCUCCCGUAUCACAGAGUGUGCUAGGAUGCAGAACACGGAGGCAGCGGAUGCCAUCCUCCUGCUCAUCGGCUAUGUGGUGCCUGGCUUGGCUGUGCUGUAUGCACUGGCUCUCAUCUCAAGGAUCCGGAAGGAGGACACACCACUUGACCAUGACAUGAGCAGGCUAGACCCCUCAGUACACAGGUUGCUGGUGGCCACCGUGUGCACACAGUUUGGGCUCUGGACACCUUACUAUCUGAGCCUGGGGCACACGGUGCUUGCCUCACGGGGGAGGACCACAGACGGGCAUUACCCGGGGGUCCUGCAGCUCGCUAAGGACUUGGCCAAGUUCUUGGCCUUCUCAAGCAGCUCUGUGAUGCCGCUUCUCUACCGCUAUAUCAACAAGACCUUCCCCACCAAGCUCCAGCGGCUAGUGAAGAAGAUGCAGUGCGGGCACCAGCACUGUGCUCCCAACCCCACAGGGAUACAGCAGGUGAUGGCGCAGGCCUAGCAGACGCCCUCGCUGCCCCUCCUGGUCUCAUGCCCAGGGAGGAGAUGACUGCCAGGGAGACUCAAGUUCAACUGGACACAGCACUUUUUCUUUGGGCUGUGGCGCUUCUUCCCAACAAGAAGCCUUGUUGAUGCUAGAAUGGCACAGGGGUGUUUCAAGGUUUUCUGUUUUUCUCCAAAAUGGUCAACCUAGAGCCCAGGCUGCCUUGUGGAAGGCAGGAAUGCCUUGUGUGAACAGGCUGCUUCCAACUAACCCCCUUUCCCUCAAGGUGUAUGCGUCUCCCGCAGGGACUCUUCAAGGUCCACACCCACUGACUUCGGCCUCCCCAGUGUCAGGCUUUCUAAGUGAUGUAAGGAAAUCUAAAGCCAAUGUUUAUACUUCAUUUUGACAUAACACCCGAUUCUCAUUUCUUUUUAUGUCAAGAGAGGUGUUAGAAAAAUGACAAGUAUUAAGAUGAAGGAAACAGUACAAGGGAAUGGAUGUCACAGAUACUGAGGUCAUGGCUUAAGGAUGGAUGGAUGGUGUUUGCUGGAUGUGCUAUAGCACACAGGCAUUGCGGGCAGCACCAGGCACUGGUUGUAACAGGCAGCUGUGGAGAACUGGGCCUCUCCCCACCAUACACACCUGGCGCCUCUUCUCCAUGAAGUAUCCUCUCCAGUACAGGCCUGGCUUCCAAACCCUCAACAUGCAUACGUGAACAAACCGAGGAGAAAAUGCUAUGGGAUCUUAGUGCCCAAACUAGACCUCCCUGGGGGAGAGGCCCUGGGUACUGGUAAUAUCAGAAAACCAUGGGAGGGAAGGGUGGGAUGGUGUGAAAUGAGGUGAGGCUUCCCAAGGUCACUGGGGACUGGCAUCCAACUACCUGGCUGGUUUCCACAGUGCACCUUCUCACAGGUGCCUCUGGGCCUUUUAUCAUCCUGUUUGAUAGUCAUCCACUUUAACGUGUGGGCAUGAACAGAACCCUGGGCCACCCCGAAGCCAUCACUUGCUGCCACCUCAGUUUCCUAGGGUUACAUUACAGAACUGCAACCCUCUGGUCCCCAGUUAUAAAGCUCUCUUGCAUGUGAUCAUUGGCCCUGCCCUGUCUCUGCAGAGGGUUGUGUGACCUGUAUGCAGUGGCCUUUCUACAUGGCCUCAGGGGCUGGUCCUGGCCUCUUGGGAACUCAGACUAUGAGUUAGUAGCUUUAUUUUUAUUUAUUCUCUGCAAACUCCAUCUCCUUAGAUGGCAACAACAGAGUCAAUGUGUCUUAAAGAAAGUUAUGGAAAUACACUGGGUAGUUGGCCCUAGCUGUGAUCCCAGUUCUUCACAUAUAAACCAUGGGCAGGACUAGUUUUAAGAGCUGCUUCUGAAUGUAGAGUUUUAAUUUAACGUCUUUAAAGUGGCAAGCCUGACUUUCCCUGCCCUUCAGCUAGGUGCACAGGUGGGAAGGUCUGAGGCUCAAGCCACCAGGCUUCCCAGCCUCAACAAACUUAAUGCCUGCUGAGGACAUGAGAGCCCUCACCCUCAAGCUCCCAGCCCAGCAUGGCCUGCAGCACGGCCAGUUGGUGCCAACUGUAAUUCUCCUAGGGGUGAGCAGGCCCAGGGGCCAUGGUCAAGUACAGCUUUGAGAGUCCCAGGGGAAACAGGACCAGGCACUGUCCUGGUUUAAAGUAGACGCUGUCCUUCCUGUUUUACACCUUUUGUCCCAGGCAGAGGUCCUGGGCUGAGCAGGCCACAGGCUCAGGAGGGGCUCUGUCCUCUGUCCCCUGGAGACCUCAAUCCCAAAGCAUGGAGGGGCCCAAAUCACAUUCUUUUGUUGAAAUUUCUCAGUGGCUAUAUGUACAAACUGGCCAGGUUCUAUAGGAUCUUCCUGAUGGAGCCACACACAACCACAAUAGGUAGCCACCUGCAGUGCAAACCUCCUUGUAGAGACCCCUGGGAUGUUGUGGCCUCCCACCCAGGCCCCUGCUUCCCUGCCUGUCUCUUCCUUGCCCCAGUCUUCCACCAGUCUCCCAAGCUCUGCACAGUCACUGAUGCUCCAGCACCCACUGUCCAAUCCUGUGCUGGCUCAUCCUGGGAAUCCCCAAUGUCUGAUUCCUAAUUCUUCUGCCCCUCCCCCAAGUAGGAAAGAACUCAAGCUACAUAGAGAAGAGGGUUUGCUGGGAAGCCAGAGGCCAGGCGCUCAGUGCUGCUCCCUACAUGAACUGGAGACACCAGGCUGGACACGUGUCUCUCCAAAGAUCAUUAGGUGAGCUGUCAACACUUCUUGACUGUUAUAAUUUAUAAUGAAUACUCUUGUUUUUAUUAAUUCACAUCAAAGCUUGCCAUGUGUCCUCAUUUGGGAUUCCUGAAAGCGAACUUCUUCUUGGGUUCCCAUCACAAGGUCACAGGACAUGCCAUAGGAAAUGGGCAGAUAUAUCCAGAAACCAGCAGACACCUGUUCUGACAGAAAAAGCACCAGGCAAAGGUCAGGCCAGGGAGAAGUUACAAAGUUAAACUUUGUAUCUGUUUUUAAAGUUAUGUGGAAGAUGGGGGCCUUUCUCAUUUCUAAUAAUGCAAUCUGCCCUAGUGGCCAGAUCCACCUGCUGAAAUUCUGUGAAUGUGAAAAAGAAACUGCUGAUGAGACUCACACAUCUUAAGACUAUUAAAUUAUUUAACACUUAUCA